ACUCGUGGGUAUCUGUGUGUUGCAGCCUGCAGGAGACGAAGACGUUGUCGUUGAGAUCGUGACUAGACGAAAAAAGCUUCAGUCUCUGUUUUUUGGUUGUUCCGCUCCACUCAAGUAAAAUUCGUGUUUCCAGGUCUAUCACUGUUGUUAUCUCCAUCUAACUAUUAAAAUAAUGUGUGCCUGUGUGCUGUGCCAGAGUUACUAUUCCCAAGGUUGAAUUGAACUUUGUAGAUUAGCUAUAUUGUAUGGCUGGAUACGGUGAUCAGGGCUUCAACCAAAACAUGGAUCAAGGAGGCUUUUUUCAAACCGACUAUGACCAACAGCAAGGCUAUGAUGUUGGAGGCCAAUAUGGUGCUCCUGGGGGCUAUGAUGACUAUUCCCAGCAAGGUUACGGAGGUCAACCUCAAAUGAUGUCACCACAGGUCCCCUACACAGGUCAGAUCAUGACCCCUGAACCCAUGCCAUCGGGGGCCAGUUACUCGGACAGUUUUGAUGAUGAACCUCCACUCCUUGAAGAACUUGGAAUCAACUUUGAACAUAUUUAUCAAAAGACACUGUCUGUUUUAAACCCCAUGAGGGAGACAGAUCCUGCAGCUAUCAAUGAUUGUGAUCUGGCAGGCCCCCUAGUCUUUGCCUUGGGCUUUGGUGGAACCCUUCUUUUGGCGGGUAAAGUCCAAUUUGGUUACAUCUAUGGUAUUGGUGGUAUCGGUUGCCUCGGAAUCUGGAUGUUGCUGAAUUUGAUGAGUCUGACAGGAGUUGGUGCAAGCUGCAUCGUCAGUGUGUUAGGGUACUGCCUACUUCCAAUGGUCUGCCUCAAUUUUCUUGCCAUCAUCAUCAACUUACAAGGUAUAAUUGGGACAGUAGCAUCAUUAUUGGCUAUAGGUUGGUGUAGUUUAUCAGCAUCCAAGCUCUUUGUGACUGCGUUAGCCAUGGAUUCACAACAACUCCUCGUAGCCUACCCCUGUGCACUGCUCUAUGGUGUCUUUGCCCUACUGUCCGUCUUCUGAGUAAAAUCAUCAAAAAUGUUUCACCAAUUUGAGGAUUAAUAAAUUCAGUUGAAAUGGGAAAUUGACAUGUCUUAUGAAGACUUAUUGGGUUUUUAAAUGAAAACUUUUGUGCAACAAGUGGAAAGUCACCAAAAAUAUACAGUGUUACCCUGUAGACUGCAAUGAUAUAGUAGAGAUUAUACAACUCCCAAGAAUGUUCUGUAAUCUGAUUGGUCCAAAUCGGAUCAUGUGAUAUUCAGCGAAUUGCACUAUUGCAUCCAAAAUGCACUAUCCUGCACUCUGAUGUCAGAGUGCAUGAUAGUGCAAGUUCUGGAAUUAUCUAGAAUUUAGAUCAAAUAUAGCAUUUGGGGCAACUCAGUAACAUGGGUGGAGGGUUCAACAAAACAAACAAUACACGCAUUCUUGUGCAUAUAGGACCUAAAUAAUGAACUCUGUGCUUGACUCGCCAAAUAGAUAUACCGCACUCGGUCCGUGGACCUCGAUGCGGUAUAUCCAUUGGCUCUCCUCGCACAUCGUUCAUUAUUAGGCCCUGCAUGCACGCGCAUACGUGCAUUAUUUGUAUACUGUCACCUAUCAAGAUGAUUUUCUAUACCUGUCGGGUAUAUAUAUCCACCGUGUACUCAUUCAAAUAGAGUGGAAUGGAGUCUUAUGACCAUUAGACAUGAUGUAAUUGCUAUGUAUACUCUUCUCACCUCAUAUUGCCAUUCUAUGUAAAAAAAUAAAAUUGCUGUGACAUGCAAAGGAAUGUCUGGGAUUUGAUUCAAUGGUACAGCAUAAUUGGACAAGAUGCAGAUAUGAGUCUGCAGAGCCUGGUGUCAUCAAAUUGUAAUCUAUUUCCCAUGCGAAAUGGUCAAGACUGACUGACUCUAAAGCGCCCAGCAAUUGACAAAUCAUGGGAAAAUUGAAUCAAUACGAUAUUUGCAAAAGGCCAAUUGACUUGCAUGAUAUAAUCCGUCCAUCAUGAGCGCCUGUCGGACUAAUGCCAUAAAAGUUCGGACAGCACGAAUUUGACCGAACUCGUGAUGGUUAUUUACAUCGGGUCGUCGCAGUUCUAGUUUCCAACAAUCCCAAUUCCUAGACUCGUAGCAGGUCUCUUGAUUGCUAAACCAAAGUAAAUAACCUCUGUGAAGUUACAUGUUUCAAAGUGAAAACACGCAGUUUACUUCUGGUUGGUUAGUCUACUAACUAUUGCUAUCCUAUAUUAGACCUCCCAGACAUGCCGGCGUCUAUUACAUAACACCCCCAGGCAUGCAGCCGAGUGAAAAACUUUAAUCCCUUCUCUGUUCUGAGAAUAGCCUUGAUUUCUCCAUGAUUUGUCAAUGUAAGGUCGCUUUAAGAGUUACCACUUGACCUUAUAAUGAAUGAUGGUAUUUAGUCCUAAGCAUCUUGAUAGCAGUUACAGGUAUUUCUACAUCUUUCCAGCUCUGGCUGUUUUCCCAUCAUACUGAAGCAUCAUUAGAAAACAAAAACAUCAAAAUUCAGCAGUUUAGAAAUUUAGCCUUGACAAAUUUACUGUAUAUCGUCAAUAUUUAUCUUCUCUGAUUCACAAUACCCAUAAUAUUGUGACUUGGUAAAAGUAAUCACUGAUCUUGUGUUAUUGAAUGUCUCUUCUGUUCAUUGUAACAUACAAACUCUGAGCUAAAAUUUGAGCAUAUAUGUGGCAUACACUAACUUAUUUUCUUCAAAAUCUUUGCUUGUAAUGACCAUAGUUUUGUUAAUUUUAAUGCAAAUCAUUGCUGAUAUAAAUAGGUAAAAUUGCUAUGCGCACCAUUGUACAUUCUUCAGCGUUCUGUAAAGUACUCUACUAAUCUGUCUUUUUGUAAAUAAAUAUAAAUAUAUCCUGUCAUUUCAAUUUGA